CGCAUACCCCUCACCCCACCCAUCUGUCCAACCGUCCUGUCUUGGGAGCCUUCUCCCAAUCACGGUCCCUCCCUCCCUCCACUUCUCUGAUAUCUGCUUGCCCACCCCCUCCCAUCCUCUAAUGGUCACAUCGUCUGGGGACAGCCUGGGUGCACCUGUGAACAGGAACACUCCAGAGGCAUGACCACUAGGGGCAGAGUGGAAGGACAAGCAGAGACCCUGACUCCGGGGGGGACGCAAGGCAGUCCCAGGGUGGGGCCAUGGGAACCAGCUUUCCUGGGACCACCUCUGGGCUCCCCUCCUCUUCCUCCCUCUGGCAUUGUGAGGCCUCCGGCUGCGAAAAGCAGGAUUUCCCUUCCAGAAUUGGAGGGGAGGCUUGACUAGCACCCAGGGUCAGCCAGGCGUGAACCGGGUGGGGAGGGCUGGAGCGAGGGGCACGCAGGGGUCCGCGGCGGAUCGAGGGGUGGCCGAGAGACUGGCCCCGCCCCGCGGACCCCGCGCGGGUCCCCAGACAGGGGGUGGCGCUGCGGGCGCGGGCGGGCGCCGCGCGCACUGCGGUCCCCGCGCCUCCGCCGCAGAGCGCGCCACGCUCCGCACGCACCUGCCGCCGCCGCCGCCGCCGCCGCCGCGCCGAGCCCCGCGCCCGCGCCCCGCGCCCCGCGCCCCGCGCCCCCGGGAGCCGCCGCGGCCGCACCAUCGCCCGAGGUCGCCGCGGAGCCGCCGGAGCCGCGGGAGCCGCCGGGCCGAGGCGCGGGCGCCGCAUCCGGGCCUGCCUUUGAGACAACCUCUGCGGCGGCGGCGCGCGGGCCGGGGACGCCAGACUGGGGCAGCUCGGGCCUGGUCCAGGCCUCUCCUCCGCUCCUGCCGCCGCCGAACCCGCGGCCCGGGUCCGCCCGCAGCCAGGGCUCAGGCUAGCUGCCUUCGCUGGGCGCCCUGUCCUGGAGCCAUGGGGCCCACCUAGCCUGUGCCUACCCGGAUGUCCCGGCCCGGGGACUGCUAAUCUCGGCUGCAGGGGGAGCCCCCCCCACGCCCCCUUGCCAGCCUCAGCAGCCAGAGACCCUGGGUGAGCCCCUGGGCCAGACCUUCAGCCCAGGGCAGCCCCCCACACUCCCCUGCCCCCGCCUCCCUCCCCCUCCUCCGCCCCUUCCUCCUCCUCCUAGGACUGGACCCGAGAAGCCGCUGUGGCCACUGGGGGGGGCCCUGCCCCCCCAGCUCUCACCGGCCGCCCCCAGGAGUCCACGGGGCGGCCGGAGGCCUCACCAGGCCUGGCAGGACCAGGAUGCUGCCCCCUCUCCUCCCCCCCGGCCCCACCCAAUGCCCCCACCCACCCAAACACCCAGUCUGACUGGAGACAGCCGGAUGCCGGCUGACCCUGGGCCCGAGGCGGGCAGUGGCUGGCCAGGCCUCCUCAUGUCCUGCCUGAAGGGCCCCCAUGUCAUCCUCAAAAUGGAGGCCAUGAAGAUUGUCCACCCGGAGAAGUUCCCUGAGCUGCAGGCGGCCACCCCCUGCUUCCCACCUGCACCCCGGCCCACCCCCGCUCUGGCACCUAAGCGCGCCUGGCCCUCAGACACAGAGAUCAUCGUCAACCAGGCAUGUGGGGGGGACAUGCCUGCCUUGGAAGGGGCGCCCCGCACCCCACCCCUGCCCCGUCGGCCCCGCAAGGGCAGCGCAGAGCUGGGCUUCCCCCGUGUGGCGCCAGCAGACGAGGUCAUCGUGAAUCAGUACGUGAUUAGGCCUGGCCCUGCCGCCUCUGGGGCUCCCACCGUAGCAGCACCGGCUGCGGGUGAGCCCCUGGAGUGCCCCACCUGUGGGCACACAUACAACGUCACCCAGCGGCGGCCCCGCGUGCUGUCCUGCCUGCACUCUGUGUGUGAGCAGUGCCUGCAGAUCCUCUACGAGUCCUGCCCCAAGUACAAGUUCAUCUCCUGCCCCACCUGCCGCCGCGAGACUGUGCUCUUUACUGACUACGGCCUGGCUGCGCUGGCUGUCAACACGUCCAUCUUGAGCCGCCUGCCACCCGAGGCGCUGACUGCCCCACCCGGGGGUCAAUGGGGGGGUGAGCCUGAGGGCAGCUGCUACCAGACCUUCCGGCAGUACUGUGGGGCCGCAUGCACCUGCCACGUGCGGAACCCGCUGUCCGCCUGCUCCAUCAUGUAGCACCCGCCCACCGCCUGCCACCGCCUGCCCGUUCUCACUCACCGCUUCGUCAGGGACCCGGCCCUGCCCUGUCGCCCGCUGACCCCUCGCCCACCACGGCUUUUGGCCCCUACCCGUGUGGCAUUGUCGCUGCAGCCAACUUUGCCAUUAAAACUCUUUGCCAAAGUUUGCACCUCGUUCCCUCGACUGAAGCCCACUCCUGUGGCCUGUGC